AAAAAAGCGAUUUUAACGAUAAAAUUAGUGAUGGGAUCAUCCGUUCUUCAAGAUUUAUUGAAAGACCACAUUUCUGAGAUUGGCGAUUGGAGCGAAAUUGUAAACAAUCAUCAGGAAGACUCUUCAGCUGCCGAAUCCUUACGAGCGCGUCAAUCAUUGUAUAAUAUCAACCUAGAUGGCCCCUUCUACAUUUUUGUUUCACAAAUGCCAACUCAUUACAACAGAGAACCAGAGUCUAAAGGGCUUCGAAAUGAUAUUUACAAUCUUUUUGAGGGUCCAAAAAAUCUCUUGCACGUGCAUAUAUACGGACGCGGAUGUUGUAUGUUGAGAGCAAAGAAUUUUGAAAGUUGUGUUCAAAUUCUGAGGAAGGAUGGCGAGAAUUUCAAAGAUAAACCAAUGAGGAUUGAAUACGUCGUUCCAAACGGCGAACACCAAUUUAAAUAUACAAGGUUUACUUCUAUCCAAUUGGACGCUCAAAUGGAAAUGUACCAACAAAAACUUUUGAAUCCUCCAGAGGAAAAGGCAAAACCGCCAAAACCAAAUCCUUUUGGUGAAGCAAAACCAUUAGAUAUUUCAAAGAAAAUGGAAGAAGUUGCUUUGAAAGUACAGGCUGAAAACACUGAAAAAAGACCGCCGACAAAACCUGUUGUUGAAAAUCCGCCAAAAUAUUUUCCUCGAACAAUUGAGAGAAGCGGCGGACGUCCACAUCCACAACCACAUCCGCACAAAAAUGAUAAUUAUAAUAGAGGCACACCCAGAGGUGGAGGAAGAACAGGAGGAGGCGGAGGUGAUCAUCAACACCAUCCACAUCAGCAGUACCAACAACAUCACCACCACCAAGGACACCAAAAACCAUUUCAUCCACGAAUUUUAUCUCAUAAAAGCAAUGAUGGAGAAAAUAUUAAAGGAAAUAAUAGCAGUGAAAUUGUUGGUGGUAAUAAAUCCAACAUUGAGGAAAAUAAAGGAAAAGAGGUUGAAAUUAAAAGUGUUGUUGUUGAAAGGGCGGAAAGUGCUACAUUAACAACGUCAACGACAGGCGGAAGCACUAUAACCAAUAUUACAACCGGAAAUACAAUUGCUACAACUUCAAAUACAAACGGAAAUAGAACUAGAAUAAUAAAGUCUUAUAGCAGUACAGUUUCUACUGCAAUACAACAUCAUCAACAACAACAUCAACAACCUUUAAUUAAUGAAUUACCACAAUUACAACAAAAACAAGAACAACAAAUAAAACAACAACAACAAAAUUUUAUUAAAAAACAAGAAGAAGAACAAAUAUUGGAACAAGGAGGAGGAGGAGGGCAUGUUUCUUCUUCUAUUAAUGAAAAUAAAAAUGUUGUUGUUUCAAAUUUGGAGAAAAAACCAAAUAAAAAGAAGGACAAUAAGAAAAGGAAAUCAAAUAAGAAUGUGAGUUUAAAGGGUGUUAUAAAUGAUUAUCUUUUUUGA